AAGUUACCAAAAAAGGCACCUUACCACGUUUUACCAGCUCUUGGUGCGUGUUCUUUGCCUAAUGCAACUCAGGUGAAUUCUUUCAUCAUCUUCUUCAUGGUUUAAUGAAUCAAUGAAGCGCUGCGACAGGGGAAGUAGCAGAUGACGCAUCGGAAUUAACCAGUCAGAAUGCAGGGGCAGGGACAGCACAGCCGUGAGCUCAGCUCGCCCGCUUCACUCUCUUCUGAGACGUACACGUUGUCAGGCUGAGGUUCAUCCUUCUGAUCUGUAAUACUACCCUCACCUUCUCUCUGUGAGCACUGAGCAACCAUUAUCAUGUCUAAAGGAACAGUGGUUCUUGCCUACAGCGGUGGACUUGAUACGUCCUGUAUUCUGGUUUGGCUGAAAGAACAGGGCUACGAUGUUAUCACGUACUUGGCCAACAUUGGACAAGAUGAAGAUUUUGAAGCUGCUCGGAAAAAGGCAGAAACCCUUGGUGCCAAAAAGGUUUACAUCGAAGACCUGCGUGCAGAGUUUGUAUCGGACUUCAUCUGGCCUGCAGUCCAGGCCAAUGCCGUCUACGAGGACCGGUACCUGCUUGGCACUGCUGUGGCACGGCCCUGCAUUGCCCGUCGUCAGGUUGAGAUUGCUCGCAAGGAGGGGGCCAACUUUGUCUCCCAUGGUGCAACAGGAAAGGGCAAUGACCAGAUCCGUUUUGAGCUCACAUGCUAUGCCCUGUACCCUGAAGUCAAGAUCAUCGCACCGUGGAGGAUCCCAGAGUUCUACAACCGCUUCAAGGGGAGGAUAGACCUGAUGGAGUAUGCAGAGAAACAUGGCAUCCCUGUGCCUGUCACUCCCAAGGCACCCUGGAGCAUGGAUGCCAACCUCAUGCAUAUAAGUUAUGAGUCCGGGAUCCUGGAGAAUCCUAAGAGUCAGGCUCCAGUUGACCUUUACCUGAUGACCAAGAGCCCGCAAGAAGCUCCCGACACCCCCGACAUUCUGGAGUUACAGUUUCAGAACGGAGUUCCUAUCAUGGUGACCAAUACAAAGGACGGCCAAUCCAAGAACACCCCUCUGGAUAUCUUCUCUUACCUCAAUGAGAUUGGCGGAAAGCACGGCGUGGGUCGGAUUGACAUUGUGGAGAAUCGUUUCAUUGGCAUGAAGUCCAGGGGGAUAUAUGAAACUCCCGGAGGAACAAUUCUGCUGGCGGCUCACUUAGACAUCGAGACCUUCACCAUGGAUAAAGAAGUGCGUCGAAUCAAGCAGGGGCUGGGUAUCAAGUUGGCCGAGCUCAUCUACAACGGUUUCUGGUACAGUCCAGAGUGUGAGUUUGUGCGACACUGCAUAUCCACAUCCCAAAAAAACGUGGAGGGAAAAGUACAGCUGACUGUCUUCAAGGGUCACGUCUACAUCCUGGGACGAGAGUCACCAAAAUCUCUCUACAAUGAAGAGCUGGUCAGCAUGGACGUGCAGGGCGACUACGACCCAUGUGAUGCCUCCGGAUUCAUCAGGAUUAACGCGGUCAGGUUAAGGGAACACAAUCGUCUGCAGGGUUACUCCAACUCUAAGCAGUAACAGUUGCAGCCCUUUGACACAUCUUUCUUCUCUCCAUCCUUCCCUAGGCGGUUGUAGUUGUAGACUUUGUGCUGCCGUUGUCUACCGUUUGCCUUAUUGUAUUGGCUGUUAUUUAUAAAGCACAAAAGUGUAACACUAUACCAUACUACUAUAUCAGUCACAAAAGGCUCUUACCGUUCUACUGUGAUGUUUCAUUGCUGCUGAGGAGUGGAGGAGGAAAACUUGACAAAAGGUAGCUAGGGUAUUGUUUAAAUCAGGUGUAAGUGUUCGAUUCAUUUCUUGCAGGUACGCUUAUAGGUAACUUGUAUUUCUUAGUAUUUUAACUCCGGAAUUUUGUGUCAUUCUUGCAUCUGAAAACUGAAACAUUAAAGCUUAGUUUGUUUCAGGAA